AUGCUGGACUCUCCAUCUCAAGAGCGUGCACCCGCUGCAAAGACGAGGCGUGCCCGCUUACUUCGUCUGAGCGAUACCAUGAUCGCACUUCUUUGCGUUCUCGCCCUUCUGGACGGCGUUCUGUCCAUACCCUUGCAGAACGACGAUGCUGUAACGACUGUGUGGACCUUUUCCAACAACACAUGGAUCGAGAAUCUUGCUAUCCGGGAUAGCGGCGAUAUUUUGUGCAGCUCCCUCAACCGUGCAGCGCUUUAUCUCGUUAAUCCAUUCGAGCAUACCGCCACGACAGUCCACCAGUUCGACAAUACUGACGGCGUACUCGGCAUCGCGGAAGUGUGGAACGAUGUCUUCGUAGUGGUGACGUGCGAUGUGGAUGUUGCCACGAGCUUGGCUAUUGCUGGCAGUGCCAAAGCCUGGGAGGUGGACAUGUCCGCAUGGGAGCUUGAAGAAGCCAGCGCAGUCACGUUGAUAGCGAAUCUUACAAGCGUUGGCAUCCCUGACGGCGUUCUUACCCUUCCCUCAGUCUCCGGCGUCGUCCUCAUUGCAGACGCAGGCAAUGGCAUCAUCUGGCGCCUGGACACUUGCUCUGGCGAGUACGGCAUCGCGAUCCAAGACCCUUUAUUCCGCACGACUAACACACUUGUCCCGCUUGGCGUUGACGGCAUCCACCUGCUCAACAACAACGAGCUUUACUUCACGAGCAUUGGCGACAGCUUUCUCGGCCGUGUUAUGAUCGAUGAGUUGGGUACCGCGCUCGACUUGGCCACUGUGAUUGCUAACAUGACGCUUCCGGAUGAUUUUGCGUUUGGCGCGAAUGGGACUGCUUAUUUGGUGGGAGCCAAUACGCCAUACCAAGCCUUACCGGGAGGUGAGGUGAUUGUUCUGGCUGGUGGAGCCAACGAUGCUGUCCAGGAAGGUGCGACGUCGGCAGCGUUCGGAAAAACCAUAGAGGACCGGGAUAUGCUGUAUAUCAGCACAAACGGUGGUAUGUUGGCCCCAGUCAGCGGUAGAAUCGUCGGAGGGCAAAUCGCGGCCGUCAAUGUAAGGUUGUUCUCGUGA